AUGACCUCCUCCAGCACACCCAAAGUCCAACGCCAGCGCUCCUCCGGCUCGUUGGACUCCUACGAACCCGUCCUCGUUACACCAGUCAUAGGAACCGAGUUCCCAAAGAACACCUGCAAUAUCGUCGAUGACAUCCUCCACGCCGAAGACGCGGACCGAAAAAUCAAAGACCUCGCCAUCCUAGUCGCCGAACGCGGCGUCGUCUUCUUCCGCGCCCAAGAUAACCUCACCAACGCCAUCCAAAAAGACCUCAUCCUGCGCAUGGGCGCCCUAACCGGCCGCCCAUCCUCCCACGGCCUCCACAUCCACCCCGUAACCAACGACGCGCGCGAAUUCGGCGACCCCGACCCCCAAAUCAGCACCAUCAGCUCCGAGGGCCGUAAGAAGCUCUACAAAGGCUCGGUCUACAGCACCCAGGCUGCCGUUUGGCACAGCGAUAUCUCAUUCGAGCAUGCCCCCGCUGACUUUUCAUCCCUGCGAUUAACCAGCCUCCCCGUUACAGGCGGCGAUACGCUUUGGGCUAGUGGGUACGAGAUGUACGAUCGGAUAAGCAAGCCGUAUCAGCGAUUUUUGGAGGGGUUGACGGCGGAGCAUAGAGGCGAGGGGUUUAGGUCUAUGGCACUGUCGGGCAAGUUUGAGAUGUUUGGCGGGCCGAGGGGGUCGCCGGUUAAUGUUGGUGAGGAGUUGGUGGCGAUGCAUCCGGUUGUGAGGACGAAUCCGAUUACGUGGUGGAGAUCGAUUUUCUCGGUUGGUUCGUUUCCGGUGAGGAUCAAUGAGGUGAAUCGAAGGGAGAGCGCGAAUAUGUUGCAGUGGUUUCAGGAUCUGAUUACAUAUGGGCAUGAUCUGCAAGUGAGGUUUAAGUGGAAUGAGCCUAAUGAUAUUGCUAUCUGGGAUAAUCGGAGCGUGUUCCAUACGGCUACUGGGGAUCAUGAAGGGUUCGGGGCACGGAGUGGAAACCGUGCUGUUGGGGUGGGAGAAGUUCCAUUCUUUGAUCCAGAAAGUAAGUCUAGAAGGGAGGACUUGGGAAUUACGGAUACCUUGGCGGCAUGUCAUUUUUAA